CGCUCGCGUGGGAUCCAUGUCGCGCGCUCCCACACUGGCCGUUAUCGAAGCAAAAAGUUCAAACUUCGAACCGUUCGCGUUCGAUUUUUAAAACUUCAAACUUUAAUUCCGCGUGUGUUUUUGUUUUUUGUGUAAAAUUAAAAAAACAUUGUGGUGGAAAUCCUUUUUUGUGUGAAAAUCUAUGAGUGAUAGAUAAAAAGGUGAUAACAAAAUCGAUAGCAGAUGUUUUUUCGGCAGUCCGUUGCGUGCAAGUGAUGCAACGGGAGUGCUCGGAUGUCGAGUUGUGAUCAAGUUCGGGUCUGACCAAGGGUCCUACGGCCGGUGUCAGUGCAAGGCGUGAUGGAGCACGCGUUGCAACACCGCGAGCGCGUGGGCGUGCAGGACUUCGUGCUUCUGGAGGACUUCAAGUCGGAGGCGGCCUUCAUAGACAACCUGAGGAAGCGGUUUAGGGAGAACAUUAUCUAUACGUACAUUGGCAACGUGCUGAUCUCCGUGAACCCCUACAAGAACCUGCCCAUCUACACCGAGGAGAAGAUCAAGCUCUACUACAAGAAAGCCUUCUUCGAAGCCCCCCCUCAUGUAUUUGCCAUCGCCGACAACGCCUACCGCUCGCUGGUGUACGAGCAUAGAGAACAGUGUAUCCUGAUCUCAGGUGAAUCCGGUUCAGGCAAGACAGAAGCGUCCAAGAAAGUGCUAGAAUACAUCGCAGCUAGGACCAACCACCUCCGCAAUGUCGAAAACGUCAAGGACAAACUCUUGCAAACGAACCCUCUGCUGGAAGCUUUCGGGAAUGCAAAAACUAACAAGAACGAUAAUUCCAGUCGCUUCGGGAAAUAUAUGGACAUCCAGUUUAACUACGAAGGAGGUCCCGAAGGAGGGCAUAUCUUGAACUACCUUCUAGAAAAGUCCAGGGUUGUGAGCCAGAUGACAGGGGAGAGAAACUUCCACGUGUUUUACCAGCUGCUGGCUGGAGGCAGCCCCGAGUUGCUCAGUCAGUUGAAGCUGCAGAAUAGGCCAGAGGCAUACAAGUACACUACUGAUGUGACCUCCCCCCAAAGCCAGAAGAACGCCGAUGCGGACCAGUUCCGAGUGGUCCAGGAAGCCAUGAAGGUCAUUGAGAUAGGCCUUGAAGAGCAGCAGGCCAUCUUCGAGAUUGUGGCCAGUGUACUGCACCUAGGAAACGUCAAGUUCGUCCAGAACGACAAGGGAUAUGCUGAGAUCCUGUCCCAUGACGCCAACAGUGGAAAUGUGGCUGAGCUCCUCAAAGUAAACAGCACAAAACUCCACGAUGCGCUGACCAGCCGCACCAUCGACGCACGUGGUGACGUCGUCAACACUCCCUUAGACCUGGAGCAAGCACACUUCGCCCGCGAUGCUUUGGCCAAGGCGAUGUACGACAAACUCUUCAGCUGGCUGGUGACCAGGAUCAACUCCUCGCUGGUGCCUAGCGACAGCGAUUCGAGGUCGUCCGUCAUGGGUAUCCUGGAUAUCUACGGAUUUGAAAUCUUCCCUAAGAACAGUUUCGAACAGUUCUGCAUAAACUUCUGCAACGAGAAACUGCAGCAGCUAUUCAUCGAGCUGACGUUGAAGCAGGAGCAGGAGGAAUACCUGCGCGAGGGCAUCGAGUGGGAGCCCGUCGAAUACUUUAACAACAUCGUCAUCUGCGACCUCAUCGAGGCGCGCCACAGAGGUAUCAUAUCAAUCCUGGACGACGAAUGCCUGCGGCCCGGUGACGCGACCGACGCCAGCUUCCUGGAGAAGCUGACACAGAACUUAGACGGCCACGCGCACUUCAAGUCCCACCGCAAGGUGGAUUCUAGGACGCAGAAGCUUAUGGGCCGUGACGAAUUCUGCCUGGUGCAUUACGCAGGCGAAGUAACAUACAGCGUGGGAACCUUCCUGGAGAAGAACAACGACCUGCUCUUCAGAGACAUCCAGAGCCUCAUGGCGGCCAGCGGGAACUCCAUCGUCACCAACUGCUUCAAGGACGUGAACCUGAACUCCAAGAAGCGCCCAGACACGGCCAUCACGCAGUUCAAGAACUCGCUCAACGAACUGAUCAAGAUCCUCAGCAGCAAGGAGCCGUCCUAUAUCCGCUGCAUCAAGCCCAACGACAACAAGGCGCCCAUGACCUUCGACGACAAGCUGGUGUCGCAUCAAGUGAAAUACCUUGGCCUGAUGGAGAACCUGCGUGUCAGGAGAGCUGGUUUCGCGUACCGAAGGACUUAUGAUGCAUUCUUGGAGAGAUACAAGUGCCUGAGCCCGGAAACGUGGCCCAACUGGCGGGGAAUACCGAGGGACGGCGUGCAGAAGCUCGUGGAGACGCUCAAGUAUGAAAGGGAGGAAUACAGGAUGGGCAACACCAAAAUCUUCAUCCGAUUCCCGAAGACUCUCUUCGAAACGGAAGACGCUUACCAGAUCAAGAAGAACGACAUCGCCACCAUCAUUCAGAGCAGAUGGCGCGGCUACUGGCAGAGGAAGCAAUACCUCAAGAUGAGAGCCGCUGCCAUCGUCAUACAGAAGUGGGUCAGAAGGUUCCUCGCGCAGAAGUUGAAAGAACGGAGAAAGAAGGCCGCUGACGUCAUCAGGGCUUUCAUCAAAGGCUUCAUCACCCGCAACGGACCCGAAACGCCCGAGAACCGUCGCUUCCUCGGCAUCGCAAAGGUGCACUGGCUGAAGAGACUCUCCACGCAGCUGCCUCGCAAGAUCCUGGACUUGUCCUGGCCGCAGUGCCCUGCCACCUGCCAGGAGGCUUCCAAGGAGCUGCACCGGCUGCACCGAGCGCACCUGUCGCGCAAGUACCGGCUGGCGCUGUCGCCCGCCGACAAGAAGCAGUUCGAGCUCAAGGUGCUGGCCGAGAAGAUGUUCAAGGGCAAAAAGAACAACUAUCCGGGCAGCGUUCGCGAGCGCUUCGUGGAGGAUCGUCUGACGGGCGAGCACCAGGUGCUCCGCAACUCCUUCAUGGCCUCACCCUCCUGGCCCUCCGGCGAGCAGCUCAUUUACUCCUGUGAAGCCGUGAAAUACGACCGCCGCGGCUACAAGCCUCGCGAGCGCGCGCUCCUUGCGUCCGACAAGGCACUAUACGUGCUAGACGCUGCCGGCCGCAAGACAUACAAGUUGAAGCACCGCCUGCCGCUCGACAAACUACGCGUUGUCGUCACCAAUGAGACAGAUAGCUUGCUGCUCAUCAAGAUCCCCCAGGAGUUGAAGAAGGACAAGGGUGACCUGAUCAUCUCCGUGACGCACCUGAUCGAGGCGCUGACCAUCGUCACCGACUACACCAAGAAGCCGGAGCUCAUCGAGAUCGUCGACACCAGGACCAUUGCGCACAACCUGGUGAACGGCAAGCAGGGCGGCACCAUCGAGGUGACCAACGGCCCGCAGCCCACCAUCCACCGCGCCAAGAGCGGCAACCUGCUCGUGGUUGCUACCCCUUGAUCAACCAGUGUUGAAGACCCGAGCGAUCCAGAACAACGCAGCAUUUCCCUAACACGUCUAAAUUAUUUCGAUAGCUAGUACUUACUACUAUUCUACUACUGCCUUAUUCCAUCUACUUUAUUUAUUUCGGAGAGAAGUGUUCAUAGUCGACUAGAAUUAAUAAGAAUCAAUCAUAACUUUGGCUCAAAUUAUCUUAAAUAACAUUAAUUUGAACCAAAGUUAUAUAAACUUUUUUAUAUGUAUUGUUUUUCUAUAAUUAAGUAAUUCAAUCAAAUUAUGUAUUCAUUAUUGCAAUUUCCAUAAUUUUAUUUUUAUUUUUGUAAUGAAAUGUGAUAAAUUUUAUUGAGAUUUACGUACAAAGUACUUAGUAUUUUAUGUAUGCCAUAAAGUUUUAGUUAUUGUUACAUACUUAAUAUGAAAUGUGUCAAGCAAUGUUCCAAAGAAAAUAAUGUAAUACCUAAAUACAACUUAGUUCAAUUAUUUAUUGAAGUCUUGUCGUGGUUUGAUAGUUGAAAAUUUUAUAUCACCACUUACCUACAACGAAAUCGUGCGGCGUUAUACAUUAUUGGCAUAUUUCAUUUGCUUUGUAAUUUAAGCUGAAUCAAAGGUGCCUAAAGUUAUGUGUAGAAAAUUAGCGUAACCUGGCAGUCACGUAGUACAUUUCCUAGUUUUCACGUUUUACUAGGAAAACAGUACCUUCCAACGUUAAAAUAAAUAUUUGAGGUCAGCGGUCACUACGAAUGGCGCAGGAGUAGUGGCGGAAAUGACGUUCAUUAAAAAGAUGGCGCCACCUACAAGACAUUUUCUAAUAAAUGGUCCAACUGAAUAAAAUUAAUUUUACAAAAUCCGGCUACUCAAAAUUUAUUUUGUGCGUUGCUCGUGGUCCUACUGCUUAGUUCCACUGGCAGUAUUAUGGGGAAUUUAGUUUUUUGAUGAUUCUACUACCAUGGAAAAAUAAUAUUACCCAUAAUACCUACUAUUGGCAGGACUGCCAACUGUAAAUGAUUUUCCGUAAGGCUAAGCAGUUGAACCACAGGCAAUGCAUUACAUUAAAAUGUAAAUAAAGGAAAAAUAGUUCAUAAUAAAACGAUGGUGACCGCUGAUUCUCGCCGAUACGUGCCAGAAUAUUGUCGAUUGGCCAUAAGUAACAUGUGCAGGCUGUUAGUGCCUUAUUUUUAAGACCGUUCCUGUAGUCAUUUUAUUAAAUAUAAACUUAUUUUGAUAAAA